GGGGGUAGAGAAGGGGUAAGAUCAGUAGGGUGAGACAGUCAGUGUGAGUGAGAGCGAGAGACAGAACCACGCAGCUGUCCCAAGCAUUCCAGGCGUGUCGUCAGUCCACAGAUUGGCGAAUUAAGAGGGACUAGGGACUGUGUGGCCAUUUAGAAACUUUUUCUUUGGUCACUAAUUUAGUUUGCUUUAAGGACCCUUCUAAAAUACAUCUCGACCACUCUGACCUGUCCUGGGCCAGAGGCACCCAAUAUGGCAGACCAGUAUAACACCAACAAGGAGAAAAUCAUGAGAGAUAGCCACACCAAGGAGAUUGACUUGAUCAACAGGGACCCCAAGCAGAUCAAUGAAGAUGUUGUGAAGGUGGAUUUUGAGGAUGUGAUAGCCGAGCCGGAUGGCACCCACAGUAUGGAUGGAGUGUGGAAGGCCAGCUACACAACCUUUACCGUCUCCAAGUACUGGUGUUACCGUGUGCUGUCAGCUAUCUUUGGCAUCCCAGUGGCACUGCUGUGGGGCUUCUGUUUCGCCUGCAUCUCCUUCUGUCACAUUUGGACUGUCAUGCCCUGCAUCAAGAGCUAUCUGAUCGAAACCCAGUGCCUGAGUCAAAUCUACUCUCUCUGUAUCCAUACCUUCUGUGACCCCUUGUUUGAGGCACUGGGGAAAAUAUUCAGCAGCAUUCGGAUUGCCCUACGCAAAGAAGUUUAGAUUUCUUAGUUGAUGUCAAAGUUUACAUGCUCUGACCUUUGAGUAAAAUAUUUUAUUUUAUAUAUAUUUAAAAUUUGGGUUAAAGUGGUCAUAUCUUGAAGUCAGUUAAACAACUGGAAAAGACUACUGGUACAUAUACAAAAGCAAUUUUGAAAUACAUACUGCCCCCUAUUCAUCUGUACGGUUAAACCAAUGCCGUAUUUGUCUCAGUGUUUGUAAGGGGUUUUGGGAGCAAUUCAGGAUUAAGCCACCUGCUUUUUCAGACAGUUUCAUGUGAUGAAAGGCCUUACAAUGGAGAAUAUGUCUUAUUAACUGAUUUCAUAAGGUUUCUCUCUUGGCUUGACAGAUUUAAAAUGGGAUGUUGCUGAGCAUGGUAUUUUUAUCAUGACAAUGUCAGAUGUAUUCUGCAUAACUACAAAAUAAACAUUUACGAAUGGUUU